CGCUUGGAGAUCCGGCUCAGUGGGCAGCAUUAACGCCCUGGGGCCCCGCCCGAGGCCGUGUGCGGGGGGGGGGGGGCAGAGUGGGGCUGGGCACCCCAGGAGGGAAGGAGUUAACCGCCCCCCGCCCCCUCCUGGGCGAGCCAGCUCUACUUAAGAGGCGGCACCGGCAGCAGCGCUCUGGGCACUCCGUCCCUCCAUCCUUCAUCCCCUCCGGCGAAGGAGGCGGCGGGCAGGCCAGUCCGGGUCUGGGGGCUCAGCGGCGCCCAGGUGGAGGAGGCGGGAGGACUCAGGAGCCCCGCGCUCCAGGCCAGUCAUGCAGUCCCUCGGAGGAGCGUUUGCUUGGCUCGCGCUGCCCCUGCUUGUCCAGGCGGCCCACAAUGGCUCUUGGUGCUAUGAUUCCCAGAAUCCCCACUGUGGCCCCUCCCACUGGAAGGAGAUAGCCCACAGCUGUGGGGGCUCGGCUCAGUCGCCCAUCAACAUAGAGCAGCAGCAGGUGCGCCUGGACCCAGGCCUGGGCCGCUUCAUAUUUGAAGGCUACGACUCGGCGCCCCGGGGCCCCUGGCGGCUCCUGAACAAUGGGCACACUGUGGAGCUGAGCCUAGAGGGAGCCGGGGGCCAAGGCCAGCUGUGCAUCCAGGGAGGGGGGCUGUCCCACAGCUACUGUGCCCUGCAGCUCCACUUCCACUGGGGCAGUCCCACAAGCAAUGGCUCUGAACACACUCUGGAUGGGCAGCGCCAGCCUAUGGAGAUGCAUGUGGUGCACAUGAAUACUCUCUAUCAGAGUCUGGGGGAGGCCCGAGGCCAUCCUAGAGGCUUGGCUGUGUUAGCUUUCUUUUUCAAGGUGCAGAACAAGGAUAAUGCCAACUACAACACCAUUGUGUCUGGGCUGAGGAAAGUCUCCUACCAGGGGCAGUCUGUGGAACUGGCAUCCACCUUCCGCCUGGAAAACCUGCUGCCAGAGCGAAGGCUCCUGUCUAGCUACUACCGCUACCUGGGCUCCCUGACCACGCCGGCCUGUGAUGAGGUUGUGGUCUGGACCGUCUUUAAGGAGCCCAUCCCCAUUGGCAGGGCUCAGCUGGCCCAGUUCGUGUCCACCCUCCAGGCCAGCCCGGUGGAUGCUCCCCCUGUCAGCAUGAGGAACAACUUCCGCCCAGCCCAGCCCAUCGGGGCCCGAAGGGUCUUUGCCUCCCCGAGCGGCGCCCCGGCCUUCUCCCCCUCUGCACAGAUGUGGGCCCUGCUCUGGCUGCUUCUCGCCAUGGCCUGUGUCGGGGUGCUCUGAGCUUCCUCAAGCUCGUACUGCAGGCCCAGCCUUGCCCUGCUUGCCCGGCCUCUGCUGGCUCCCUGUGGGGGGAGAGAGCCCAGGGUAGGGGAGUGCCAGGGCCAGCCCAGUGCUUGCUGUGUGUCGUUGGGGAAGUUGCUUAGAUUCUCUGGACCCCAGCCUGCUCUACAGACUCAAUGGAUGUGGAAGGGCUGAGGAGGUUCAGCAUCUGCUGGAGGAGCCCCAAGAAACAGCAGACUGAGAGGGGAGGCAGCAGGAGCUGGGGGUGAGCCUCCCCCCCUCCUUCUGAGCCCAGAGCCCGGGUGGCCCUUUGUAGGGCAAGCUACAGAACCCCCAAUUAGGAGGUGCCCCAGGGACUGUCUAGUCUGGGCCUCUCCUGGUACCCUGUUCUAUGGCCUGUUCCAGGCCUGCCCGUUUUUGCUUCCAGAUCUGCCAUCCCCUGUUCUAAGGGGCCUCCCAGCUCUGCCAGUCUGCCCUACUGUCGCUCCAGUCAUGCCAGGCACCGCUGGGCUCGGCCACGUUUGUGUCCUCUUUCCCAGCUGCCUAGAGUCUCAUUACCUCCUGACCUCCCUGUUCCCACCCCCACCCUAAGCACCAGAGACCAACAGAAGUUAAACCAGCCCUUCCUGGGCCAAUUCUGCUGCCAGGAUGCCCGCCUGUGUCCCCCCUCCUCCCUGUGCCCCCGGGUGCUGGGCGAGCAGGAAGGAGAGGCCAGGCUUUGUUAAUAAACUCCAUUUAUCAGC